AUGACUGUCACAAAAUUGGGUUCUUCAAGAACCUUACUUAGCUGCGUUGCCUUAGGGGUAUUAUGCUUGCUACUGUGGAGGUAUUAUCGAUCUAAUCCGAAGAGUCAAAAAGCCUUCCGUCCCUAUACGCACCAGCAUCAUGGUAAAUGUUUAUCAAAUUUAUAUUCAUCUCUUCAGGAUCCAUCAUUAGAAAAUAACAAGAUACCUCAAACAAUUAUACAGACCUACGUACCCGCUAGUAUGGAUCAGAUACCGCUCUCCAUGAAACAAGCAAUGAAUUCAUUCAAAGUUCUGAAUCCUGAUUAUUCUCAUAAAUAUUUCGGAGAUGAUGCUGCUUUGCAAAUUCUAAUUGACAAUUUUGGAAAUGAUUCAGAUGAAGUGUUUGCAUUCAGAAAUUUAAUUCCAGGAGCAUUCAAAAUUGAUUUUUGGAGAUAUGCCAUGUUGUGGUUAUUUGGAGGAUUUUAUGCUGAUGCAGACAUGAUGUUGUUGGAACCAUUUGAGAAAUGGAUUUCACCAAAUUCAACUUUUAUCAUUCCCUUGGAAAAGAUUGGUUUUGGAUUUCACAAUGGUUUCAUUGGAAGUGUUCCAAAACAUCCAAUUUUACGAAUUGCCAUGGACAUGGUUAUUUACAAUGUCAAGAACAAGUUUUAUCCAAGCGUUCCUUCGCUAUUAAAAGGACAAUUUCAAGUUCUUGCUGUGAGUGGACCUAUUUUACUUGGAAAAGCCAUCAAUCGAUACCUCAAUGAACCCGACGAAGUGAGGCAUAAUCUUCCCCUGAUGCGAGAGAAAAGAAUUCAAGUCAUUGGAUUUUGUUCUGCCUCACCGAAAGAAGAAGACAAUUUUUAUACGGACCAGUUGUCACCCCCAAAUGAAUUGAGCAAGUGUCUUGGAAACAAAGUUGCCCGAUCCAAGUACCCAGACUUUGAACUGGAGCACAAAGCAGCAACACAAACAAAACACUAUGACUUGUUGUUCAGAGAUAAAAUUGUUUAUAGGUGA